GGAUGUUUCGUUUACCAGCAGUCAUGAAGCAGGUGAGGCCUGUGUGCCGGGCGCUGGCUCCUCACCUGACACGAGCCUAUGCUAAAGAUGUGAAGUUUGGAGCUGAUGCUCGUGCCCUCAUGCUACAGGGUGUGGACCUGCUGGCUGAUGCUGUGGCUGUCACCAUGGGCCCAAAGGGCCGCACUGUCAUCAUUGAGCAGAGCUGGGGUAGCCCAAAGGUCACCAAAGACGGCGUGACGGUGGCCAAAAGCAUCGACCUGAAGGACAAGUUCAAGAAUAUCGGUGCCAGGCUGGUCCAGGAUGUGGCCAACAAUACCAACGAGGAGGCCGGUGAUGGCACCACUGCCGCCACAGUGCUAGCUCGUGCCAUUGCCAAAGAGGGCUUCGACACCAUCAGCAAAGGAGCCAACCCAGUGGAGAUCCGACGUGGGGUCAUGAUGGCCGUGGAAGCAAUUAUCAAUGAGCUGAAAAAGCUUUCCAAGCCAGUUACCACCCCGGAAGAGAUCGCACAGGUUGCUACGAUCUCAGCCAACGGAGACGUGGAGGUUGGUAACAUCAUAUCUAACGCCAUGAAGAAGGUCGGCCGCAAGGGAGUCAUCACUGUCAAGGAUGGGAAGACUCUGCACGAUGAGCUGGAGAUCAUCGAGGGCAUGAAGUUUGACAGGGGUUACAUCUCCCCAUACUUCAUCAACACUGCCAAAGGUCAGAAGUGUGAGUUCCAGGACGCCUACCUGCUGCUGAGUGAGAAGAAGAUCUCCAGUGUCCAGAGCAUUGUGCCGGCUCUGGAGAUCGCCAACCAGCAUCGCAAACCGCUGGUGAUUGUGGCUGAGGAUGUGGACGGUGAGGCCCUCAGCACUUUGGUCCUCAACAGGCUAAAGGUUGGGCUCCAGGUGGUGGCUGUCAAAGCCCCAGGCUUCGGAGACAACAGGAAGAACCAGCUGAAGGACAUGGCCAUUGCCACUGGGGGCACUGUUUUUGGAGAGGAGGCUCUGGGCCUGGCUCUUGAAGACAUCCAGGCUCACGACUUCGGUAAGGUCGGAGAGGUGCAGGUUACCAAAGAUGACACUUUGCUGCUGAAGGGCGGAGGCAGCCCGGCUGAAAUUGAGAAACGGGUAGCGGAGAUCGCGGAGCAGCUGGAGAACACCACCAGUGACUACGAGAAGGAGAAACUGAACGAGAGGCUGGCCAAGCUGUCUGACGGAGUGGCCGUGCUCAAGGUUGGAGGAACCAGUGAUGUGGAGGUGAAUGAGAAGAAGGACCGUGUGACGGACGCUCUGAACGCCACGCGGGCAGCUGUGGAGGAGGGGAUUGUACCGGGUGGAGGCUGCGCUCUGCUGCGCUGCAUGCCUGCCCUGGACACCCUGACGCCUGCCAACUCUGACCAGAAGAUCGGCGUGGACAUCAUCAGACGGGCGCUCCGGAUUCCUGCCGUGACUAUCGCUAAGAACGCAGGUGUGGAGGGUUCGCUGGUGGUGGAGAAGAUUCUGCAGAGCUCACCUGAGAUCGGUUACGAUGCCAUGCAGGGCGAGUACGUCAACAUGGUGGAGAAGGGCAUUAUUGACCCCACCAAGGUGGUGAGGACAGCCUUGCUGGAUGCUGCAGGGGUGGCUUCUCUGCUCUCAACCGCUGAGGCUGUUGUCACAGAACUACCCAAGGAGGAGAAGGAGAUGCCAGGAGGCAUGGGCGGGAUGGGCGGCAUGGGAGGCAUGGGAGGAGGCAUGGGAUUCUAAGCCAGGCCUUCUGACUUGUUGCUGUACAGACUGAUAGGCAGAGUGAUGCUGGGGGUGGCUGAGGAACACGACAACGAAAUCCUCCAAACCUGCAACUACCUCCACCAGCCUCUGCCCACACUGACUGACUGACUGCCCACCUCUUCUGGAGGAGCCUGACUCUGGAGCAGGUGGAGGAGACCCCAGUUAUUACACUAGAACCAUCAACAUGUGCCCAAAACCCAUAGCUUACCAUGUGAAGCAGCCAUACAUGAUUCUGAAAGUGGUUUAAGAUGAAACUAAUACAUUGAUGCUAAAACCCAGGAAUGUCUGUUCUUUUGUUUUUGUUGUAUUCUGUACAUUUUUUUUAUAUCCAUCUUGUUUUUUUUUUAUGUCCCCCCCCCCCCCCAGCUAAUAUUCUGUGGGUCAAAACCUGGCAUUUGAUUUAAUUAAACCAAAUUUUAAUGAG